GUGUCUCCGUCCACUACAACAGCAACCAAUUCAGCAGCCAAUGUGACCCCAUCCACAGGCUCCUCUGAGGGGGCGAAGAGGCGAGGGAAGUCCCCUGGACAGAAGAAGAAAGGCUCCAAGAGAGCCAGCAGUGCCAUGGGUACCCCAAGACGAAAAACUCAGAAUCCUAUUGAAGAUGACCUCAUCUUUAAGAUUGGAACCAAGGGGAGAAAUAAAGGCGAGUUCACCAACCUUCAAGGUGUAGCUGCCUCCUCCUGCAAGAUUCUGAUAGCUGACAGCAACAAUCAGUGUGUUCAGAUUUUCUCCAAUGAGGGUGAAUUUAAAAGUCGUUUUGGGGUUCGUGGGCGUUCUCCGGGCCAACUGCAAAGACCAACGGGUGUUGCUGUGCAUCCCAGUGGAGACAUCAUCAUUGCAGACUAUGACAACAAAUGGGUCAGCAUCUUCACCUGUGAGGGUAAAUUUAAGGCAAAACUUGGCUCUGGUAGACUCAUGGGUCCAAAGGGAGUGUCAGUGGACCAGAAUGGUCAUGUGAUCGUUGUUGACAACAAGGCAUGUACCGUCUUCAUCUUUCAGCUGACUGGCAAGCUCAUCACUAAGUUUGGUAGUCGCGGCAAUGGCGACAAGCAAUUUGCAGGUCCACACUUUGCAGCUGUGAACAAAAACAAUGAGAUAAUAAUAACAGAUUUCCAUAACCACUCUGUCAAGGUUUUUACCCCUGAAGGAGAGCUGGUUUUGAAGUUUGGCUCAAACGGAGAAGGAAAUGGUCAGUUCAAUGCUCCUACAGGUGUAGCUGUGGAUAUUAAUGGGAACAUCAUUGUUGCUGACUGGGGUAACAGCAGAAUACAGGUUUUUGAUGGCAGUGGAUCUUUCCUGUCAUACAUCAACACAUCAGCAGACCCUUUGUAUGGACCACAGGGUCUGGCUUUGACCUCUGAUGGACACGUUGUGGUCGCUGACUCCGGUAACCACUGCUUCAAAGUCUACCGCUACCUGCAAUGAUGUAGGCUUGAAUGGAGAUUAUGAAGCAGAAGGAAGGUGGAUAAGAGGAGCAAUAGUUAAAAUCAAAAGGCAAACAUUUUUGUUUCCAUCAUUACUCUACUGGACAAAUCUACUUGAAAUUACAGUAAUCAGGAAAGAUCAGUGAGAGAACAAAAACAAUUUGAAAAUAAAGAAAGAUGAGUGGUCUCAAAAACUUUUAAGAAAUUUAUAACUGCAGAAUGGGAUGCAAUAGUCAUGUAAGUCAAGAACAAUGUGCAAAAAAGAUCAAUAUGAUUAAACUGAAGAUAUCCAUCUUCUGGUUUGGUUUUUGUCGAUCAGUCGAGGAUUAAAUGAACAUGAAAACCCAAGGAGAACAGAUGAAGAAAGUGUCUUUUAGAAACCAAUGCAUCUUAAAUGUGAAAAAAUAUUGUGAAUGUUGGAUAGGAGAUGAGAAAACCUGGCAUGGAUCUGUGAAUGUGGAUAUAUUUUGGUG